AUGACGGAACGCCCGUUCGUUGACCGCCUCCCUUUCUCUCUCUGUCGCUUCCUUGUCUCGCUGCCUCGUCCGCCCGCCGCCUCGACGCCCGCCCGUCCGUUGAUCCGCCCGCCCUCCCAUCCACACUUCCGUCGUCGGCCGAGCCGGUGGCUAAAAUUGGAAAAAUUCACAACGGUCAAAGAGUACUGUAAAAGAAGAGACCUUUUCUUGCGCAUGGAUGCCGGAUCUGGGGAACCUGGCAUGUCACCGCCCAGAUUGGGUUUGACCAGAGGGAGCGGGCUGCGCCCUCGAGUUGAAUUGACAUUUUUAACAUGA